AUGGACAGGGAUACUGAAUAUAAAGGACUACAGCUCUCCCUGGAUCAGGUCACUGCUACCAAGCCGGCAUUCUCAUACGCAAAUUCAACUCCGACCAUAACGGAUAAUAGAAAGGGAAGCAAAUCUCGCCUCUCGAGCACAAAGUCAAAAUCAAGGACAUCACCAUACCCACAGUAUUCUGGAUUUCACACGGAGAGAUCCGAGUCUGACCACGAGAGCCAGUGGGGCGGGAGCCCCCUGACCGAUACGGCUUCUCCCCAGCUGCUGGAGCCCACUGACAGACCCAGCGCCCAGCACCACGACGUCUCCUGUGCCUACAGGCAGUAUUCAGACCGCAGUGCUCUCUGCUAUGGCUUUACACUCGACCACCCCAGGCUCACCGAUGACAGACAUUUCCAUACCCAGGCCUGUGAAGGCGGCAGAUGUGAAGCUGGCCGGUAUUUCCUUGGCACGCCGCAGCCAGGGAGGGAGAGCUGGUGGGGUUCUCGUUCCGCACUGCCCCUUACUAAGUCAUCCCCUGAGAGCAGAGAAGCGUAUGAAAACAGUAUGCCCCACAUAACUUCGGUGCACAGGAUUCAUGGGAGAGGACACUGGGAUGAGGACAGCGUCGUUAGCUCACCUGAUCCUGGCUCUGCCAGCGAAUCAGGUGACCGAUACCGUACUGAGCAAUAUCAGAGCAGCCCGCAUGAGCCCAGCAAAAUUGAAACUCUAAUAAGAGCCACCCAGCAAAUGAUUAAAGAGGAAGAAAACAGACUACAGCUGCGGAAAACGACCCCUGAUCCACUGGUCUCCAUUAAUGGCACAGGGAAGAAGCACGCUAUCUGUUUUGCAAACUACCCUCAGCAGCAGUUGGCAGGGGAAGUCUGUCGCGUCCCAACGGUUGCCAACACUCCUCCCUGUGAACACAUCCAGCAACAAGAUGGAAAGAUUAUGAGCCCACAUGAAAAUGACUAUGACAACAGCCCCACAACACUGUCUAGGAUAAGCAGCCCCAAUUCUGACCGAAUAUCAAAAUCUAGUUUGGUACUAGCUAAAGACUACCUGCAUUCAGACAUGUCCCCUCAUCAAACCCCAGGGGACCACCCAGCAGCCUCUCCGAAUUAUUACAGCUCCCACAGGCAGUACUUUGAUAAGCAUGCUUACACAUUAACUGGAUAUGCCCUGGAGCAUCUAUAUGACACUGAAACCAUUAGAAACUAUUCACUAGGCUGUAAUGGAUCACACUUUGAUGUGACUUCUCACUUAAGGAUGCAGCAAGAUCCAGCACAAGGACACAAGGGAACAUCCGUUAUAAUAACCAAUGGAAGCUGA